AUGGCUGACCAAGAUGCUAUGGGGGCUGUAUUGAAUGGUCUAACAGUACAGAUGGGCAAUAUGAACAUGGCCUUGUCUGUACAAAGUGUCGCCCAACUAGUAACGCCGUUCGAAGGCGAACCCAAAAAGUUUAAGGAAUGGGUAAAGGGUAUCGAGAGAUACUCGGCGCUAACACAAAUUCCCGCAGAUAGAGUUAAAUUUGUGGCAUUCCAAACCGCGAAGGGGGCUGUCGGCGAUUAUAUACAGCGCCACCUUACGGAAUUUCCACUCACUACGUGGGCCGAGUUGCGUCGCCAACUUCAGAUUCGGUUCGCUGACGUUGUGGAUAUGCAGCACGCGCUGGAUAUUCUGUCCUCCAUGAAACAAGGCAGAGAGGAAAAUGUAGAGAUAUUUGGGGAGCGAUUGUUAGGGAUAGCUCGGGACGCGUUUGACGGACAUAUCAUGGGGGCCAAUGCUGCAAUAGAUAGGCAGCUUGUAGGUUUUUUCACUAAGGGCUUGCACCAGAAUUAUCUCCGAAUGAAGGUUAUGCGGGAUAAUCCGGCCACACUUAAUGACGCAUUAGCGGUAGCUAGGCGGGAGGAAAACCUCAGAAAACGAUUUAAUUUGCAAUCGGUUGGAAACAGCUAUGGGGCCGAUGGCGAGCAACCUAUCGAGGUUGAUCAUUUAAGGGGUAACCGUUGCUUUAAGUGCAACAAACCUGGCCAUAAAGCCAGAGAUAGCAGAGGAGGCCGUAGACCGGUUGCUAGGCAGCAUGUUAAUGCCUACCAAGAGCCACGGAAGGCGAACUAUUUUACCACGCUAGAUUUAAAAUCGGGAUACUGGCAAAUUGCAAUGGACGAAAAGGAUAAAGAAAAAGUGAGUUUUGCAUGUCAUAAGGGAUUAUUUGAGUUUAAUGUUAUGCCCUUUGGCCUGUCAAACGCUCCAGCUGUAUUUCAGGAACUCAUGUGCAGAGUGUUACAAGGGUUUGAAAGUUUUGCUAUUGCCUACCUAGAUGAUAUUUUGAUAUUCUCACAAACUAAGGAAGAUCAUCUCCAACAUAUACAGCAGACAUUUGAUAGACUAAAAAGCCAUUGUCUAAAAUUGAAACUUAAGAAGUGUUACUUCAUGCAAGAAGAGACGAAGUAUUUAGGAUUUAUCAUUAACCGUGACGGAGUAAAACCUGACACAGACAAGGUCAAGGCUAUUCAAUCUAUGCCGGCUCCCAGGUCAUGA